AUGGCGCUCAACGGCAGCGUGCCGAGAAAUGACACACUGGCGCCGUCGCCUGCCGACGAGGAAGAGCUGUACACGCAGCUGUUGCGCCUUCAGGAUGCCGUCGUGUCGGGCAAGCACCCGCACUUCAAGCUGCCGCCAGCAGCCAUUGAGCAGCUGAAGGCCAGUCUUGCUCUGGUGAAAGCUUCACCUGCUGCCACCACCCAGCAGCCAGCAGUGAACGGUCUUCUCAAUGGCGCCGCGUUCAGCGCGAACGCCGCUACUAAUUAUGUACAGCUUCCUCCUGCAUCAAAAGUGCCCGCCUUCCCUGGCCUGCCUGGCCUGCACACACCCAUCGCGUCAGCAUCGCGAAACGCCUCGACAACCGCAGCGCCCAAGACUACGCCCUCGGGCUUGAACCCCAUCUUCCUCGAGAAGUCGGACAGUCUCGUAAGAGCAGAAUCGAGUUUGAAGCGCCAGCGCAUAGAACGCGACGUGCAGACGCAGAUGGAACAGCGCAAGCAUCAUCGCGACAAGGACAGUGGCUCAGAUCCUCCAUCUGCACUCGAUGUAGAAUCUAUACUUGCUGCUUCACGGGCUCUUGAAACGCAUGUGACGGGCUUGAGACUCACAAGGGCUGGAAGUGCGAGCAGCUUCGACACGAAUGACUAUUAUUCCAGCCAAGUCGAAAGUGACUGGUCCUCCCCUGCAAGCAAAAGUAAAGGCUCUGACAACGCAGCAGGGCCCUUCGCCGGAGACUUCGAGCGCCUCGAAGGGCCGAGUGGACUCUCUUUUCCUCCCAAAGCUGCCAAGCAUGCCACUCGUAACACGAUUGCCAACAGCGCGCGGACCGCCAAUGUGUACAAUGAGGAUGAGGACGAUGAAUACACCCCACCUGAUGCCGCCGCGUUUGAUAGUUUCCAGGAUCCAGAUGUCAGCAUAAAUCUCGCCGGAGACGAGGACGAUAACUCGGAAUACGAACCUGGAGAGAUUGCGCAGGAAAGCAAUGUGCCAACGCAAUACUAUCAGGGCUCGCAGGCUGCGCAUCCAUCUCCCCAGCAGGUGCCCGUCAUUCGCAACCACCUGACUCACAUUGCUGCUCCACAGCCCAAUCGUGUCUCUCCACUCGCGGUUGCUAAAGGUCCGAGUAUUGAGCUGGAACUGGUCAAUGGUCGCCCAGAGGUCGUGGCCAAGCCGCAUCCCAACUCCCACGCUAUUCAGUCUCGAGCGAGCACCGCUUCACCAGCGAACGGAGUCAAUGGCAGCAACAAGAAGCGUCGCAACAAGAAGCGAAAGCGCGAUGAGCCAGCUGGACAGCCCUCAGGACGUGGAAAGAGGAAGCGGGACAGACAAGUAGCUGCUCAGUCUCCUAUUUCGCCCGCCAAUCGUGAGCCUAGAAUCAAGGACGAGCCCGUGUCACCGCCUCCGUUCGCCAAUAUACCUGAUGCCCACCCAUAUGCGCAGAGGUCGGCUCAUUACAGACCUACUGAAAUCGAUUUGGUUUCGCCCAGACUGCCACCUCAAAUGGUUUAUGCUCCUGAACCGCCCCGCCCUGCUCUUAGGUACGAGUAUGCUCAGCCAACUUCUCCAGCUGUGGUCAGAGUCGCCUCACCAGCUGCUUAUCGCCCGGUGCAAAGAGACACUCAGGACCUCAGAAGAAUUGCUAGUAUGCACUACGCACAGCGGCAGCCGUCGCCUACCCAGCAUGCCUACUCUCCCGUGCCCCAACGAACGGUUUCAAUGACCUACGGCGAUCCUAGGCUACCUCGAGCGCCUGCAGAGGUUGAGAAUGUUCGCUAUGCGGAAGUUUCUGCCCCAGACCAUGUCCAAUACGUUCGCGCAGAUCGCUCUCGGUCUCCGCCUCAAUCCCAUCAAUAUCAAGACCCGUAUGCGAGAGCGCACAGUCCAGCUCUGAUGCCCCCGCCUGCUGCACCACCAAGAGCGAUCGUUGUUGACCAGUACGGAAACCGCUACUAUGCCUCAGAGCCUGCGCCACCAUCAGCGCCCUCAAGGGCCUCGGUCGCCCCGGUUGAUCGACAUCCCAUGAUAGACUCUGGCUACGCUGCAAGGGCAUCGGUUGCCCCUGUUGACCGGCGACCGGCUGCUGAGACUGGCUACGAUCGUGCAUCAAGUCGCAUGGCUUACGCGGCUCCCGCAGCAUACGAGCAACCAGAGACAAGCAUGGCACCACCCCCACCGCGACGAGAGGUCCAGUAUGUUGACGCAAAUGGCUACCCAAUCCGUGAAUACAGCUCGUAUCCGGCUGAGCAAAUUCGAUAUGUGGAAGCUCCAACCUCACCCAACUACCAGCAACGCUACGAACAGAUGCCUCCUCCCGCAGCCCCAGCUCGCGAACAGACAUCUCCGGUCUACGUGCCUACCAGAAGCUACAGCGUGCGACCAGAUGCGCCACCUCAAGCCCCGGCUCCGUAUGCAGCAAGACAGGCAAGCGUGGCGCCUGUCCAGUAUGCACGUCAGGAGGCUUCUCUUGCACCGACGAGAGCCAUGAGUGUAGCACCUGGAUAUGAAGGUCAAGCUCGUGCUUACAGCCACGCGCCGGCUGCAGCAGCACAGCAGGUGCGUUAUGUGGAUCAGUAUGGAAGGGAAGUAUACCCGGAAGUGAGGCAAGUGCCGGCAGGGGACUACAGGUAUCAGUGA